CUGAUUCAGAAUCCAGUCAUCACUCGCAAGACGGCUGGUAAACAGCAACCGGCUUAUAACGUCACUGCUUCCUGGCACUGCUUAGGCCCGAAGCUUGCUCAGAGCGUUUGGACGUUUCCGCCUAGGGACCAGGCCUUCAAACACGCACUGCGGCUGGCCGACGAACAAUCAACGCUUAUUCGGCUUCUGAAAGAGCAGUCGAACGGUGUAAAGGAAAGCUUGUGGAGGGUUUGAAAGAGGGAGGAACUCGUUAGGCAGGAGGUGUUUGGGCGACGAUUCCGGAGGCCUGCGCGCUGGGUUCCCGUUUGCGAUCAGUCUUGAACGCCGGGGUGGAACGACUUAGCCCUUCUCGUACCCUUGGUAUCCCCCAAUUACUUUUUCGUCCCGACCGCUACCCCGGGUUUGGCAUUCUGGUGUCCUGGGGAUAUGGCGAUCCCGCACACACUCCCCGCCGCGCUGGGCGCGAUUUCAUUCCUCCCGACCACUGCUAUUUUGGGCAUUCAGAUCAUCCUUGCCCGGUCACCGGCGGAUCGGGCAUCAACAGUCAGGAUAACUGCCAUCGUCGCCGCGACAUUGGAGGCGAUGAUCUUCGUUAUCAUACCCUGCCUUAGCCUAUCUCACAUCGCCCCUUGGGCGCCGGGUUCUGGGCUGAGGGGUUUCAGGAGUCUUUGGUUUGGCGCAGGCCUAGUGCUGUGCACAAUUGCCUCGGCGAUGUCGGUGGCGAGUCUUGUUUGCCUCAGCCGGGUCGUCAAUGACCCGCUGAGCACCAUACUGGGGUGGAGGGUUGGGAACUUCUUGGUUGGAUCCUCGGUGGUUUUGGGGCUUGCGUUUGCGACCCAAGCCGUGUUUUUCGCCUCCCACGUUGUCGUUGGGAGACUACAUGCGGCUGAACUCCACGGUUCGAGUCGCUCUGAUCGAGGGAGCAAACGACUAGCCCCGCGCAUCAAAACGAUCCCAUACCAUGAGACGGCCCCUAUCUCAUCGAAGAGCCGUGGGAAUGUAUCACUAGACUCGCAAACACCUCCUGGAUCGAUCGCCGGACGUUCAACGACAGAGACUAUGAGCUCGAUUCGAUCGUCGCUCUCGAACGUUGUUCGGCCCAUAACUUCCAGGACGCGUCUGUUGUCCGCAAGCAGACAGUCCUUGCGCCGGUCGGCCUCUCAAGAUUUGCCCGGUCUUCGCGAAGUCCGAACCCGUUCAGUAUCAGAUGGAUUCGAUUCAUGGGACACCUCGUCUAUAGCCCCGGAAAACCGGCAGACGGUACUUGAGUCGUCCUCGCCUCCACUCGGCCGCUCCCUCGAGACCAUUCCCGCUAGCCCCACAGUCAGCAGAAGCUCCAGUCCGGGCACGCCGUUGGACCUCCUUGAGCCGCCACGGACGAGGAGGAGGAGUCGGAGCUACAGCCCUGUCUCGACCAGGACGAUUGAGGCACAGCGGGCUGCGUUCACGCAACAACCGGCGCACAGCGAGGCCCAUAUCCACCCUCUUUUCCGCUCAGACUCGCCCAUUCCACCACCCAGUGCUACGCCUGGGACAGUUGUCGUCGCCGCACCCGAUGCAGGAAAAGUCAUCUCGGACAGGCAGAGCAUCCGGAGUAUCCAGAGCAUGCGUCGUCUGCGAAGCGAAAGUCUCCCAACGGUCCCAAGUCCCCUCAGUCGAGCCGCAUCCCUGGACUCGUUCCACCGAAGAGCGGAGAGCAACUCCCCAGAGAUUCGCGAAGAGAUACGAGAGGAAGACGAGGCGGCGGUCGAACGGAAGAUGACGCCGCCAAUCCCCGACUGGAUCCUCGCCGCCGGCUCUCGGUCUACCUUGACAGUCUACAACGGCCACAGAAGCCAAACGCCCGGCGAGGGCGGGGAGAAGCUCGAUGCGGCGCACCAGGUAUGAUCAUUGGUGGACAGCCGGUGGCGGGAUGGUAGAAG